UAAGAGUUUCAUUUUCCAGGAAAACAGCUGAUCCUCACACUCCUAUAUAAGUCCAGUCGUCCAACACAGUCCAGGCUUAGGCUCCUGAUCCUGAGUGCAACAAUGGGUCUGUUGACAGCCGCAGCAAUCGCAGCCGGGGCAGGUGGAGCAGUGGUCUCUGCUCCUAUUGUCCUGGGGGCUGUAGGUUUCACCUCAGCUGGAAUAGCAGCUAGUUCCUACGCUGCAAGCUGGAUGUCUGCAGCUGCUAUAGCCAAUGGAGGAGGAGUGGCAGCAGGUAGUGCAGUGGCUGUUUUGCAGUCAGCAGGUAUGGCAGGUCUGUCUGGGGCCGCCACCGCAGCCGUGGGUACUGUUGGAGGAGCUGUUGGAGGAUUGGUGGCUGCUCUCAUCUGAGACCAGGAAUUAUGAUAAUCAGAAAGAAAAAAUAAUAAUAGUAAUAAAUGAUAUAUUUACUGCUGCCAAUUGGAAACAGUUGCAAUACUAUCAGCGUCAUGCUUCAGCAAAGCUUGGCUGAAAUUUGAGUGCUGGUAAUGCUGUGGUGUUUUAUUACAAAACACAUGAACACGGUCAAAUUGUGCAACUUUAAAUAAAGCCCUAAUAAAAUAAUGAAAAACA